CCCUCCUUCGCACCCCAGGGUACCCCCUCUCCUGCUGACCGCUGUCACCCCAUCUGCUCUUCCCUGACCAGCACCCCCCCGUGGGCCCCUCCCAGUCCGAGUGUCCUGCCCCCCCCAGCAGAUUCCUGGGCGGGGUGUGGGGUGAGGUCACACCACUGGAGGUGAGGUCACAGGGGUUCGGAGGUGGGGGGCUGCCCCCCGUCUCCCCAGCGGGGCCUGUGCCGGAGCAGAGCCAGGGCCGCGGGACGGGAGCAGCGGGCGCGGACCAUGAGCAGCCAGAAGCACCUGCGGGAAAGGCCCCCCGGGAAGACGCCGGGGCCCUUCCAGGAGCGCGCGCUGCCCGCGCCCCUGCCCAGCCGGCCCGGCGUGCAGGCCCAGCAGGCGCCGGAGACGCAGGACUGGGUGAGCCAACCCCCAGAGAGCAGGCACCCCACCCGCCACUGGAGCCUCAGCAUCGAGGAGCGCCGGCAGCGGGUCCUGCAGGACGCCUCGCAGAGCCGGCCCGGCUCCCACGGCGGCCAGGAAAUCCUGCAGAUGGUGAGACAGCUGGUGUCUGAGGACGUGGACAAGGACGUGCUCAUUGUCCAACCGCGGUCGUCCGAGUCCGCCUUCGCCUUCCACGCCUUCCUGACCCGCAGCUCGCCCUUUUGGCACAACAUGACCUCGACCUGGGCCUCCGGGUGCCCGCCCUCCUGAGCCACCAGGCCUUUCGGGGCCUCCACACCCCAGGGCCCGGGCCAGCCUCCGCCCCCUCCGCCUGCGCACUGCCGGGCUCGCUGGUUCUCUGGUUCCGACAUUAAAUGUGUUCCAGACUGCCUUCCUCAGCCUGGGG